GGUUUCGUUGUCCGGCACGUUUCCCUUAACUCACACGACUCCACGUGUUGUUUGCAGGUGAUGUGAAGACACCGGGGGUUGCAAAAUUUCCUCAUUUGCCUCUAAUCGCCGAACAAUCGCUUUUGAUUUUAUUACUUGCAGAAUAAUUCGCCCAGACCCCUAGCCGCCAUAGGUAGCUAUCUGAUUUCUGACAAUUUUCAUUUUCCUAUUGGAUUCCUUAUCGUCUGAAAUCACAAUACAUUUCUGCUUUUCCUGUGUCAAAGGACAAACAGCACAAAAACCUUCAGAGUUGUUCCAGGCAUAUAUAGAGGAAUGACAUCAUUAGCUCAACCUCUUUUUAAAAUUCAAACCUUCACUUUUGGGAGAGCUCAUCCUAGAAACCUGGCAUUAUUAAAAUCAGGAAAAGUAUUCCAAGGACUCACGUUUCCUCACAUUUACAAGAAACAAUCCUGCAUAUGCUGCACAGAGUUGACUCCAUGGGAGCCAUCACCUGCUGUCACAUUUGCUCCUGCCAAUGAUCAGAGCAAUGAUUUCUUGCAGACUGGCACCAAUAUAUUUGAAACCCUUGAUUCAAGUAAAAGCGAUGAGCCAGCAAUAAACGAUGCUGAUGUGCCUGCAGAGACAAAAUUUCAGCAUGAAUUUUUGUUUCAGUUUCUCAAGUGGCCCAUGUGGGUUCUGGGUCCUUCUGUUCUUCUCACAACAGGCAUGGUCCCAACGUUGUGGUUACCAAUAUCUUCAAUAUUUGUGGGCUCUAAUAUCGCUAGCUUGCUUUCGUUGAUUGGACUUGAUUGUAUCUUUAACCUUGGUGCAACCCUUUUUCUCCUCAUGGCUGAUUCUUGCAGACCAAAGUACCCCACAGAAGAUUGCAAAAGCAAGGCUCCCUUUAGUUACCAGUUCUGGAACAUUGUUGCAACUGUUACUGGAUUUAUUGUUCCAUCAUUGAUGAUAUUUGGAUCUGAGAAGGGUUUUCUCCUACCUCAACUUCCUUUGAUAUCUUUUGCAAUCUUACUGGGUCCUUACCUUCUUCUUUUGUCAGUACAAAUUCUCACUGAGGUUCUCACUUGGCAUUGGCAGUCACCAGUCUGGCUGGUAACUCCGAUCAUUUAUGAGUCUUACCGUGUGUUGCAGCUGAUGAGAGGUUUGAGGCUUGGGGUUGAACUCAGCACCCCAGCAUGGAUGGUGCAUACAAUUAGGGUGCUGGUUUGCUGGUGGGUAUUGAUUCUUGGUUUGCAGAUCAUGAGGGUCGCUUGGUUCGCCAGAGUAACUGCCCAAGCUGGUCGUCAGCAGUCUUCUCCAUCCACUACUUCUGUUGCUGCAAUCAGUGAAUAAUACCACUGAUGAAUUUUGUGAAUUUAUCUUUAGGAUUUCAUCCUAUUUGUAGUGGCAUACUCAUGUUCCAUCUGUGCAUACAAUUUGAAUUGGUCUAGGACUUGUCGUCAUGCUCUGCUACCUGAUAUACUAAUGUCGAUUCGUGUGUCUUCAGUCUGUCAGCCGGACAACAACUUAAUUGAGCACCUGGUUUUACACCUCAGGAAUCUGGAUAUAUCAAAUUGUGAGUUGCACACUUGUGUAGGUGUUGACUCGAUAAAAGUCUUCAGAAUCAUGUGAUUAUACUUUGUUAGUUUGUAAGUAUUAGGAUAAGUUUAUUAGUCUCAUUCUUGUGCUAUGAUAGCGACUUUCCAGAAUCCACAUGGCUUAUGUAUGUUUAUUGCUUAUACUAUUUGAAUGAUGGGAAAAAUGAAUUUUUCCUACA